UCUCGUUGUUUUGUUUUCUUCUGCUGUGCCUACAUUUAAGUACAAGUAAGAAACGCAACGUUGGAAACCUCUACAACGCCGCCGUCAUCAUGUCAAAGCCGAUGAUUGCAAAUCAUGGAAAAACUAUCCUCCGUGGUCUGGACCAGGCUGUGAAGACCAUGGACAACAUCAAGGCCACUUAUGCUGAGCUGAGCGUGCUGCACUCCGAGAAACUGCACGUGGACCCUGAUAAUUUCAAGAAACAACCCAAGUCGUGGAGAUACCCUUAUCAUUGCUGUAAUGCAGCACUUGGCUGGGCCACCGCCUUCCAAUCACAUGCUUCUGGAAGGGGAGUAGGGUUGCUUUAA